ACCUAGUGUACACGCGUAGCUCCAAACAAUGUGCACAGUGUGUUCCGGAGAGGAGGCAGGUCAUUGUUCAACUCUGGGAGCAUAUUUUCUUCUCUCAUCCCAUCGGCGCAGUGCGGGUCGAUACUUUACUUUUACCCAAAUGUCCGAGUCAAAGUUCACUCAUGCGUUUCCUUUUCUCAGAGCCAACAUUGCCCACAUUUGCAGUUGAUCGAUGUGCGGAGCCUGUGGAGAGCUCUGAAGUAGUGUCGUCGGAGAGGGCUUUGGUGCUCAGCUCUACAGUGACCAGGCGAAACCGGGGAUGGAGGAUGGAGAUUACAAACGGAAUUCAAAUUAUUCAAUACCGUUAGUCAAUUCUAUAAUGCCUUGAUCGUCGGCUGCAUCUCCGAGAGAAACCCCGGAUAUACAAGGGAUGGCAUUGAACUCCAUUGGGAAGCUGUGUCCCUGUACCCAGAACUCACAAAUUAAAAGGUUCCUAUUUAUGACUCUACCAUGGACCACAUCAUCUGCUGCCUGCUGGUCCUGGGAACCACAGUUAUAAUCACCCAUGCAUGCCCCAAUUACUGUGUAUGCCAGAACCUGUCAGAGUCCCUGGGGACAUUGUGUCCUUCCAAAGGCCUUCUUUUCGUGCCUCUGGAUGUUGACCGCAGCACGGUGGAGCUCCGGCUGGGAGGCAAUUAUAUCCUCCGCAUAACGCAGCAGGACUUUGCCAAUAUGACCGAUCUGGUGGACCUGACCCUCUCCAGGAACACCAUCAGUUACAUUCAGCCCUUCUCCUUUGGUGACCUGGAAACGCUGCGGUCACUUCAUUUGGACAAUAACCGUUUAAUGGAACUUGGACCUGAUGAUUUGCGAGGCUUAAUCAACCUGCAGCAUCUCAUUGUGAACAACAACCAAUUAGUUUGUAUCCAUGAGAAGACCUUUGAGGACCUUGCACCUGUCUUGGAGGAUUUGGAUCUCUCCUACAAUAACCUGAUAUCUCUGCCGUGGGACUCAGUACGUCGGAUGAUUAACCUUCAUCAGCUAAGUCUGGACCAUAACCUAUUGGACUUUAUUCCAGAGGGCACCUUCACUGACCUGGAAAGGCUGGCGAGACUGGACUUGACCUCAAACCGCUUGCAGAAGCUACCCCCAGACCCCAUCUUUGCCCGCACUCAAGAAUCAGUUGUACUGAAUACCCCCUUUGCUCCCCAGCUAUCCCUCAGUCUGGGCGGGAACCCUCUGCACUGUAACUGUGAGGUGCUGUGGCUGCGAAGACUUGAGAGAGAUGACGACCUGGAAACUUGUUCCUCCCCACCUGCCCAAAAGGGUCGCUAUUUUUGGAAUUUAAAGGAGGAGGAGUUUGUCUGUCAUCCACCUGUUAUUACCCAGCACACCCACAGGAUGCUGGCACUGGAGGGCCAGACAGCCAGCUUAAGGUGCGAAGCUACCGGAGACCCUUCCCCCACUAUCCACUGGAUUUCCCCUGAUAAUCAGUUGCUUGGCAACUCCUCACGAACUGCAGUGUACAGCAAUGGAACCCUGAGCAUCAUCAUCACCACCUCCAAGGAUUAUGGCAUAUUCACCUGCAUUGCUGCUAAUGUGGCAGGGGAGUCCACUGCAUCUGUGGAGGUGUCCAUUGUCCAACUUCCCCACCUCAACAACGGGACCAGGCAGCCAGCACAGCCCAAGUCACAUCUCUCUGACAUCACAGGCACCACCAGGAUCAGCAAGGGGGUUCCAAAGAGCCAACCAGAGAAGAUUGUGUCAGUCUCCGAGGUGACAGCUGUUUCAGCGCUGGUCAGGUGGACGGUGAGCAUGUCAGCUCCCAAAGUGAAGAUGUACCAGCUCCAGUACAACUGUUCUGUUGAUGAGGUUCUAAUCUACAGGAUGAUUCCAGCCUCCAGCAAAGAUUUCUUGGUGACAAAUCUGGUGUCUGCGACUCGCUAUGAUCUGUGUGUGCUAGCUGCCUGGGAUGAUGCUGCCACCACGCUCACAGCGACCAACAUUGUGGACUGCACACAUUUCUUCACUCAGGAAGACUACUCUCAGUGCCAGUCUCUGCCCGGCCAGAUGCUGGGAGGCACCAUGAUCCUGGUGGUUGGGGGCAUCAUCGUGGCCACCCUGCUCAUGUUCAUCGUCAUCCUAAUGGUGCACUACAAAGCUGCAGAUACUGAACUCCCUGCAGGGAAGCUGACCAGUCUCAGUGAAACACAUUCUCACACCAACGGUGGUCGACUCGGUCAAAAUGGACUUUUUAUAAACCAGUCUCAGCCUCAGUCUCAGCUUGAGCUGAUUAUAAAGCCAAAAGUGACUCUGCAAGACAAGGUGGUGGAGUUCAAGUGUGGUUCCCUCCAGAGCAGUCUCACCUUAUCCUCUUCUUCCUCAGGUUCCAUGGAUGGGGGCUCAUACAGCCCCAAAAGCACACUUGCCAACAUUUGGAGGUCAGCUCCCUCUAAACCCCAGUCCAACCUGGACCACCUCUAUGGAGCCUUCACCUCACUUGAGCUGCAGGCAGCGCAGGAACAGGACCCAGGAGCAUCCGGUAGAACUUUGAUGGCAACAGCAAAGCCACAAAGUGACAGGGAGCCGCUGUUGGGUUGGACACUGGACUCGGGCCUCAGCCGACUCCUUAUGCUCCCUCUGGACUCAAAGCUGAAAAGGAGCCAGUCUUUUGACAUGGGAGAUGUAGCAGGCACCAGUGCUGCUCAGCUGUGUAACAAACCACAGAAGAUCAGCAGUAUCUGGACUAAGAGGAGCCUGUCUGUAAAUGUUAUGCUGCUGCAGUGCGAGGAGGAGGGAGACACAGGGGGGAGCAAGGGAACGGUAGACAGCACUGACUGGGUGAUAGAGAGUACUGUCUAGAAAGACGAAGGACCAUCAGACUGUUAAAUAGCCAACAUGGGCGGCCAACAGCCAAGAGAGACUUGCUGGUCUACAGCCCCGUUUCCUGCUUGAGGCACAUUCAUUUGACUCUCCACUGAUCAGACAGACAGUACAAGUCAAGGAUAUGAUUGUAAACAUAGUCAUAGCCAAACUCAAAUCUCUGGAAUAAGACUUUUUGAUUGUUGUGAUUUCUGAGUGGAAAUGGCAGAACAAUGCUAUCUGUUAUAGAAAUUUGUGGUCAUACCCAUGGACUGUUUUACUUAUAGAAGGUAUACAUUUUAAGUAUGUAAUGGAAUCAAAUAUUUAUACAUAUUAAAUAUAUUUAAUAUUUCUUAUUUUUCUGGUAAAACAAAAAUGAUCUAAUACUGCUUUCUGCUUUGACAGUAGAGGAAUGCAUGACCAGUGGUUACACUAUAAAAUGAUCUACACCGAUGUGGUGUUAUUGUCGGGCACCUGAGAGCAGUGUUACAACACAGAAGUGAAUCAGACGAGUGUUUGUCACAGGGGCUAGCCAAUAGCUUAUUAAC